UUCCAAAGGGUCAUAUCAUCACAACUUCUAAGGCUGGCGCGAUCGAGACAGAGAGAGAGAGAUCCACACCCUCACAUCAGCUUUUCUCACUCAUGAAAAUCUCCUCCCUCAUUCAAUCCGGAAUUAAUCCUAAUUCUACCAACACCAACACUGAUGUACAUAAUCAAUUAAAGCUCAAUUUGACCUAAUUAAUCUCUCUCCACACAUGCAACCUUCAUGGACGCAGAAUAUCACAAGCUGAAGGCCAUCCCCUCCUUCAAAUACUCGGACACCGACGACAUCCCGAGGUUCCAGAAGCUUCGCACCGUCUCCUCCUUCAAGCACGUGAUCGAUGCGGCGGGGACUUCGCCGGCGCUCAGCCGUCAGGGAUCGGAGACCGACGAGACCCCCGCGAGGUUUCACAAGCUGCGCACCGUCCCCUCCUUCAAGCACGUGAUCGAUGCGGCGGGGACGCCGCCGCCGAUCAGCCGGGAAGGAUCGGAGACCGACGAGAUCCCCCCGAGGUUCCAGAAGCUUCGCACCGUGUCCUCGUUCAAGCACGUGAUGGAGGCGGCGGCGAUCAGCCGCGAGGGAUCGGAGACCGACGAGAUCCCGAUCCGGUAUCAGAAGCUGCGCGCGAUCCCGUCGUUCAAGCACGUGAUGGAGGCGGCGGCGAUGAGCCGCGAGGGAUCGGAGACCGACGGCGGCGAGCUGCCGCGAUACACGAGCCUGAAGGACGUGAUGUCGAGCCUGUCGCCGAGCGGAAACGCGGACAUCGCGAUCCGGAACGAGCUGGUGAAGCACGCGGCGUCGGCGUACGUGCUGUCGGCGACGAUCAUCAACCCGGGGCAGCGCGACGGCCAGAAUUCGAGGAUGAAGAUGUGCUGCCUGUCGUGCUGGCACAUCCACGUCGGAUUGCCGUUGCAGGCGCUGUGUUGGCCCAUCGUUCAUUUUGUUUAUCAAAUUGUGCGUAGGGUUAGGAACGCUUUGAGACUCAUGGGGCGGAUGCUUGAGCGCACUCUGAAGAAAGGGCACAAAUUGGUUCCACCUACCUUAGAAGGAGGGAAGGCAUUAAGCGAGGGACAGAUGUCCGAGAGGCGGACACACUGGUUGGGAGCUGAUGUCGUUCCCCUACUUGGAGUGGAAAUAUGAAUGAAAAAAAUGAUAAAAAUUUCUUUUUUAGAAAAUGAGGAAUAAGAAAGAAGAGAUUUAAAGGGUGUUUUUUUUUAUACCUCUUUUUUUCAUGAUAAAAAGAAAAAAACUCUCAUAUACGUAAUUCGUCUU